CUGAUUGGCUUCGUCUUUCGCGGGAAGGAGUUUGUGGCGCCAGCGGAAAGUAGAUACAGCGGCAGGGGCGACGGGUUUCUGAGGUGUCCGGCGAACCCUCCAGGCCGGAACCUUCUGGGCCUCUUUCCUGAGGAGUCGUGGUCAUGAUGUUCAAUAGUGGCUUUGAGAGCUACGGCGGCUCCAGCUACGGGGGAGCCGGCGGCUACACGCAGUCGCCGGGGGGCUUUGGCUCGCCGACCCCUUCUCAGGCCGAGAAGAAAUCGAGAGCCCGUGCCCAGCACAUUGUACCCUGUACCAUAUCUCAGCUGCUUUCUGCCACUCUGAUUGAUGAAGCGUUCAAAAUUGGGAAUGUAGAGAUUUCACAGGUCACUAUUGUGGGUAUAAUCAGACAUGCGGAGAAAGCUCCAACCAACAUCGUUUACAAGAUAGAUGACAUGACAGCUGCACCCAUGGAUGUUCGCCAGUGGGUUGACACAGAUGAUACCAGUGGGGAAAACGCUGUGGUUCCUCCAGAAACGUAUGUGAAAGUAGCUGGCCAUCUGAGAUCUUUUCAGAACAAAAAAAGUCUGGUCGCCUUUAAGAUCAUGCCCCUGGAGGAUAUGAAUGAGUUCACCACACAUAUUCUGGAAGUAGUCAAUGCACACAUGAUGCUGAACAAAGCUAACAGCCAGCCCCCAGCAGGGAGAGCAUCUAUCAGCAAUCCAGGAAUGGGGGAAGCAGGAAACUUUGGUGGGAAUAGCCUCAUGCCAGCAAAUGGCCUCACUGUGGCCCAAAACCAGGUGCUGAAUUUGAUUAAGGCUUGCCCAAGGCCUGAAGGAUUAAACUUUCAAGAUCUCAAGAACCAGCUCCAACACAUGGCUGUAGCCUCAAUAAAGCAAGCUGUGGAUUUUCUUAGCAACGAGGGACACAUCUAUUCCACUGUGGAUGAUGAUCAUUUUAAAUCCACAGAUGCAGAAUAACUGGAUCUAAUUGGGUACCUGAGAUAUUUUCCAGCUGGACCUAUUUUCACAAUCUCUUGUCUCCAGCUGAGCGUAUGUUUGACCAAUUGACUUCUAGGAAGUAGGUUUCAUCUGUAAAAGGUCUCAGUUGACAUCCUUUUGAAACUUACUGCUCUUUUUGUUGUUUUGAAGCUCAAAGGGAGAUCACUUGACAGGGAUGUAAACCAAGGUGGAAUUUCUUAAAGAAGUUACAAAUGAGCCAUUUCUACAGCAUCAGGAUAGAUGGAAUUGGAAGAGGGAUGCUACCAGGAGUCAGGCAGUGUUACUUAAACAACACUCGGAAAUUCGAUUCCUAAAAUGUUUUCCAUUGAGAGAAGAUGAGCAGGACUAGGGCCUGUCAGCAGUGAGCUAGCCAAGAAACCUGCUAACCUCUGCCUGUUUUUGUUCCCCACUUUGGUUAUGUGGUGUUACUUUCAGAAUUGCACUUUCCUUCAUCUUGUCAUGACUGCUGCCGAAAGUGUGUUUUUAUGAACAUGAGGUUCUAGAGUGGUGGCCUCGGGGGCAGAGGAGAGGAAGAAGUGUUCUGUUUUGUACAGAAUAAGUACAUCCAUAUGUUUAAUAAAAUAGUUAUAUUAUUGCAGAA